AUGUUACAUACUCGGCGGUGCCUAACAUAUUUAUUGUCAUUAACACGUCUUGUUUACUUUCAGGUGAGCGGGUUAAGGUUCGAAACGCAAUUACGGACGUUGAAUCAAUUCCCGGACACGCUCUUAGGCGACCCUUCCAGGAGGAUACGAUACUUCGACCCCCUCAGGAACGAGUACUUCUUCGAUAGGAAUCGACCGAGCUUCGACGCCAUCCUUUACUACUACCAAAGCGGAGGAAGGCUGCGGAGGCCGGUCAACGUACCGCUCGACGUCUUCUCAGAAGAAAUCAAGUUCUACGAACUUGGCGAAGUAGCUACCAACAAAUUCAGGGAGGACGAAGGGUUUAUAAAAGAAGAGGAGAAGCCGCUCCCGAGCCACGAGUUCCAAAAGAAAGUGUGGUUGCUGUUUGAGUACCCGGAGAGUUCGCAAGCAGCGAGGGUGGUCGCCAUCAUCUCCGUCUUCGUCAUCCUCCUGUCCAUCGUCAUUUUCUGCCUGGAGACCCUCCCCGAGUUCAAGCACUAUAAGGUCUUCAACACCACGACCAACGGCACCAAAAUCGAAGAGGACGAGGUGCCGGACAUUACAGAUCCGUUCUUCCUCAUCGAGACUAUAUGUAUUAUAUGGUUUACGUUCGAGUUGUCGGUUCGGUUCCUCGCCUGCCCAAACAAAUUCAAUUUCUUCCGCGACGUUAUGAACAUCAUAGAUAUCAUCGCCAUCAUUCCGUAUUUCAUCACGUUGGCGACGGUAGUGGCCGAGGAAGAGGACACGUCCAAUAUUCCGAAAGCCCCCGUCAGCCCGCAAGACAAAAGUACGAACCAAGCAAUGUCUUUAGCAAUUCUCAGAGUGAUUAGGUUAGUGAGAGUGUUUCGAAUAUUCAAGUUAUCGCGGCAUUCGAAAGGACUUCAGAUCCUCGGGCGAACUUUAAAAGCCUCGAUGAGAGAACUUGGGUUGCUUAUAUUUUUCUUGUUUAUAGGAGUGAUACUCUUCUCAAGCGCCGUCUACUUUGCCGAGGCGGGCUCAGAACUGUCCUUCUUCAAGUCGAUCCCAGACGCCUUCUGGUGGGCCGUCGUCACAAUGACAACUGUCGGAUAUGGUGACAUGAGACCUGUGGGUGUCUGGGGAAAGAUUGUCGGGUCGCUGUGCGCGAUUGCAGGUGUACUCACGAUUGCCCUCCCCGUACCUGUCAUUGUCUCGAAUUUCAACUAUUUCUACCACAGGGAGACUGACCAAGAGGACAUGCAGUCGCAGAACUUCAAUCAUGUCACAAGCUGUCCGUACCUGCCAGGCACGCUUGGUCAACACAUGAAGAAAAGCUCUAUGUCCGAGUCGUCGUCCGACAUAAUGGAGCUGGAGGAGGGCCUUCUCCUCACGAGGGAUAUAGCAAAGAAGCACAACAACUGUAACCCAAGGCACAACAACAUUAAUGCCAUGAGCAUUGAAACUGACGUCUGACUAGUGGUGCAUGAGGCAGGCCUAGCGCUGUGGUCGUCGUCACAAUCAGAGAGCAGUAUGUCAUCAAUUGCUGUCAUGCUGUGACCCACAUAUAAUGGUGCUUUCAGACUUCUUCAUGUGUUAGUGUGUGUGAUCAUCAAAGACCAUCCUCAGCACAUCAAUUACAACUCAAAACGACUGACUUUUAUUAAUAAUAAAAUAAAAAAUAAUAAUUGCGUACUAUCCGUAUAACUCAAUAAUCGUAAUAUUUAUUAAUUGGUCUUGCCAAAAAAUGACCGUUUUUUUUAUAAAUAGACUUUGAAUUUUAUAAAAAUUAUUAAAAUUAAGAUUAGGUGUACCAUGUGUGCGGUGAAUGAGUGUUGCUUGGUGGGCGUUAACCCGAAACACUCUUACCAAGUCACGUGUCUUUUGGAAACUUGUCUAGGUUCACACUUUGCCGAACAUAACUGCCAGUCUGCAAGUUACAUACCAAGUGAAACAUCCACGACGGUCACUUGAAUUAUAUUUUGAUCUGAUAGAAGUUCUGCCUCAAAUUAAGGGUAAAUUGGAUCUUAAAGCAUCAGAACAAACCAACCCCACUAUUUUUAUAUUUUACCAAAAAUAAUAAGAGAAAAAAAAAUGGAUCCAGUUAUAAACGUGAUAUAAGGGUGAUGUGUGUGUAUGUGAGUUAGAUUUAGGGAUUUAUAAUUCUAAUAACUCGUACUUACCGCAUUGGAAGAUAAUUCCAAAUCAGAGUUUAUGGGAGUAACAAAGUGUAAACCUAAAUAAGCUUUCAUUCAUCUUCUUCUUUUAUCUACUUUCUUAACUUAAAGUAAAUCUGUUACUAGAUAAUUAUAUCUGCUUUCCCGUGAAAAGAAUUUUAAAGGAUACCAUCACACAUGAAUAAAACUCCUAUGCAGGCUAUUAGAGUAUUUAAAUAACAGUGUAGCUAACUCUUAAGAAUUCAAGAAAAGUUAUUAAUGCAAUAUAAUUACUAUUAUCAUUAUUAUUAUUAAACUAUUCAUCACAGGCGUAUAAUUAGCCGUGAGAUAUAACAAUCAGUAGUUUGAGAUAAUUACUACUAUAAUAAUGAUCAGCAUAGAGACCCUUUGGCUUUUAGACUGCCAUAAAACUCCUAAUUGUCUUUAGGAGGCCACCAGAAUUCCAUGUCUCACGAACAAAACAUAAAAUGCAAAAAGGGGCAAAGCGAAUAUAACAAUACCGAUAAUAAUAAUAAUAAUAAUGUGCAUAAAAUACAGUUCUCAUUACAAAUCGUACUCUGUUGAAUUUUUCGUGCGUCCUUUAUCGUUUAUCCUAGAAAAAAGAAAGAGAGAGAGAAAGUAACCGAUUGUUUAGUUGUAUAAUUGUCAUGGAUUUGUGGUGGAAUGCUUCUUCAGAUAGGAGAAUAGAAUAAUAUUAUAUAAAAACAUUCUUUACCUAGAACAGAUAACUUUUUCUGAAAUCACUAGAAAUAGUCAUUUAUUAAGUCAGGGAGUAUAAACAGAUUUUCCUAUUGAAUUUGCAAAAUGAAGAAAUUGAUACUGUAAAUAACUUAAUAAGUAUUAUCUUUAUUAUUGUUAUUCUUUAAAUCUAAAAAAAAAAUGAAAAACAAAAAAUAUUACAAUUUUUAUACUAAUGUUACUCUCCAAAACACUUGGUCCAUAGGUAAUACAGGUUAUUAAUAUAGAGAUAAAUAUUUAUAUAAAUAUAUAAGGACUGUUAUUCGAUUACUUACUAUUAACUACGAAAUAUUAUUUGAAAUCUGCGCUCAAUUAGAAUAAUUGAAUAUUUUUUAAUUUUUAUUAAUAGCACUAACACUUUUUAAUAAAUAGAUAUUCCAUUUUAUCGUUCUCAUGCAAUUAAGCACUAUUUUUUACUCUUUUUACUUAUUAACUACUAUUAACAUGCGUCUAGCGAUCAGAACGAGGGUUUUUUUACCUUAGAAAAAAAAAUGCCUAGAAAUCAUAAUUUUUUUAAUGAUAAUAAUAAAUAGUAAUAAUAAUAUACAAAAGGGUUGGUGUCUGCACACCAUCCAAACAUUCUAAAGUGCUUUGCUCCGCAACCCAUGCCUUUUAUAAAUUAAAUAAAUAUAUAUUUAAAAAUAUUAAAACUGGCUUCAAAUAUUUUUAUUAGGGGCCUUCAAUUUGACUGAACCCUUGUUCGUCAGUUAUUCUCAUGUUGCAUGUUAAAAGAAAAGGGAUGUGAAAAUUCAUUACAAUCAGAUUGUAUAAAAGUUUCCAAAAAAUUAAAAAUAAAACCAAAGACGGUGAAAUCAUCCUUUCAUGACAAAAAAUCAAUAUGGAAGAAGGCCAGUAGUGUUAAAGUCGAAUUAUUGAUGUAUGAUAAUUAUUGUUAAAAAUAUAAAUAAAAUUUAUAUAAAAAGUAAUAAAAAAAUAGAAAAAAAAUCUGUAUAACAGUCCUUAUAGCCUGGUUUUAUUUUUUUCAUAAGGAGUUGAUAUAAUCGAUUGCUUGUCGGAGUUUUCCCAUUCCACGUGUGAGAGAUAAGACCAAAUUCCUGCCAACGUAUGCAUGAGCCUGAUCUUUUUAUAUCAUCCUCGUUUUUAUUUUUAAAAAUCUAUUACAACAAUCAGUCGUCCAAUGUAUGUCAGUAAUGUACUUUCUCACCGAUGAUGUACGAAUGUCAUAAGCCAGCUCAUUCAUCACUCUGUACACCGCAGAACAAAUUUAGCCGAUACAUAAAUUAUUUAUAUCCUGGAUAUCAAUUAUUAUCAUUGAAUAAAUGUCUUAUUGUAAAAAAAAAAAUUAAAAAUAUAAGUAAAUAUUAUUACAAGAACCUAUAUUUUGAGCACUGUUUUAAGUGCUUGUAUUUAUAUUUGGGCUGUGCGAAAGCUUAAAAACAAGAAAUGUUUUAAGAAUUGUAGAAUUUAAAUAGCUUUUACGCAUAGUUAAAAACAAGGGCUCACCGGGAGAUGUGGUGAUAGUUCUUUAGUCAUUUGAGAGUAUCUCUAACUCAUAUAUAAAUAUAUACAUAAAAUGAUUAUAGUAUAUAAAUAUAACACAUUGCAUUGCACUAUGGUCUUCCUCAGAAUUACAUUAAGUAACGUGCACAUGAAUCGUAGGUUUGUUGAUACCUAUCCCAGACAAAUUUUGCAAUGUGAAUUUGACAUAGGAAAUACCGCGGCAUGUACCGUUAAGUUCAUAUAACAAUAGAAUUGUAUAUGCUACUUGAAUUUUUAUAUGUAAUUGAGCUUUGAUAAAAAUUAGGAAUUAAAAUGAAAGUAAUGUUCUUUUGUAAGGUGUAUGCAGUGUGCUGUAUUUGAAGAAGUGAUUUUUAAACUCCUUAUUUUAUAUGCUUAGAUUUUCAUUAAAAUAAAAAAAAAUAAUUAAAAACGUUCGUAAGAUAGCAUUAUGAUAAUUCUCUAAUUUCAUAUAACUGGCAUUCUAGAAUAUUUCUGCAUUAUAGUUCUGAAAAUAGCAAUAGUUGAAUACCGAAAAAAAAAAAGAUUAAAAAAUGGGAAAAUAUUCAGUAGGGGUUACUCUUUCUUGAUAAGGACAUUACCACAUCAUUAACUAAUUAAAUACAAUAGAAUUAAAUAUAUAAUAUAACCUCAUUUUCUAUAGUAAAACUAUAGGGGCGAUGGCAAAUGAUACGGCAUUCUCCUCCAUUCGUCCUAUGCUUCAAACAGAUAUACAUUAGAAGUGUUUACAUCACGAGUUACCAGUAGACGUUCUUAUUUAUAUAAACAUUAAUAAUUAUUAUAUAAUUAUGCAAACAUUCCUAGAUUGUUAUGUAUAUAAAAUUGUGUUUUUUAACAGAGAAAAUGUGUUUAUAGGCUAUUGUAAAAAAAAAGGUAUGAUUAUUUUGUAGAAGUCAGAAUAGUAUGGCUUACAGAAUAUUAUAUGCUACGGCUUUAGUAUAUUUAAUUAUUUAAGUUUUUCCAUUUUACAUAAAACUACAAAAGGACGUACUUAUAUAUUUAAAUUGUUCAAACCGAUCCAUUCUACAUUUGAAUGAUAGGGAACUGGGUUUGUCAAGUUACAUUGUUCGGUACCAACAAGAGGCAUCAAUAUUUCUUUGUCGUGAUGUAAUUUAGACCGAAAUCGUAUAUUGUGUUUUAAGGAUGGGCGGCAAUCCGUUUUCUGUAAUUUAAGUCCAGUUUUAAAUCUAAUUAAUGUCAUUGCAAUAAAUAUUGCACGAAAAAAAAAUAAAUAAAUAAAACGCUUGCCAAUUAAUAAUUUACGUUUGUCAAUGUAAAACAAACUUCCAUCUAAUAUUUGUAUGCUAUGUAUGUUCAGUUGAUAGAAAUGUACAACAUGAAUAAAUCGUGACAUAGGAACAUAUCGGUGUUUAUUGAAUAGACGAAUAUUUGUGCAAUGUAUUAAAUGUAUUUAAAAAAUGUAUCGUUUUUCUCUCAAUUAUAAAAUGUUAACUGUAUAGGUUGUUCUAAACUUGUUUAGAUAUUUAAAAAAAAAA